AUGUCGAGUAUUCCUGCCGCCCUCCAUCUCAUCGAAGAGAGUUCGAAAUGCUACCUCCUGAUCAUCCCCGUCGAGGUACGCCUAAUGAUCUACGAAUACUACCUCGGCGACGAUGGGUACACCUUUGACUUCGAGUCUCGAAGGCUAAGAGACUCGAGCGACAGACCCGUGGACGUAUCCCUCAUGUUCACGUGCAGCACCAUCGCUGGCGAGAUGGACGGCCUUCCAUUCAAACUCAACACCCUUUCAUUCACCACCGGGUAUUCAGAGUCAACCACCACCACGGCAUACCUCUACAACGAGUUGCUCCAUGAAAUCCAUUCGCUAGAAUUCUAUGUCUUGACACGAGCAUGGGCGUGCGUCAAGAAGGAAGCGAUCGACUCUAUCAGUGCCCAAUUUCCAGAAUCUCAAGACAUCCUGAACACACUUCGCGAGGUGAAAAGCGGCGCAAACUUUAUAAAAGUUCUCCUUCCGGCUUAUCACGACCUCAGGUGUAGCCAAACUAAACAGGAGUAUACACUGCUCAUUCGGGCGCUAUUGGACGCAAUAUCUAUCAACCCAAAUUUCAACAGUGUUAUAUCAGAUCUUUCGAAGUACUACAAGCAGGGUGUCUGUUGGGAGAACGAAGUGAUGCCCGACCCGUUAUACCCUUGGCACGGUGAGUAUCAGGAGUUCCGCAAUCUUCUUCGCGUGCCUUGGUCGAUUCCUUCUAAUGAAACUAUCGUGCAAAUGGCAAAUGAGAUCAAGCUUUCAGAUAGAUGCCUCAAUGUGACAUCGAAUUUCAAGAAGAACCGAUUCUCCGCAGCGGCCGUCACCAUCGAGUUUCUCGGCGCCCUCAAGCCUCGAAUCCGAAAACACAUUCGAAAGAUCAUUGUCCACGAGGAUCACAUGUCGCACUGCAAUCCAGCCUGUCACGUCGAGGGCUUCAUCCACUUCUGUAUCGAGAAUCCUAAGCUUCGCAUCGAGCGCCGCCUCAGUAUUUGGCGUAAUGUCAUGUUGGGGUCACAUCGUUCAGAAGACGGCUUUUACCCAUCCGUGGUCCCAGCCAACAUAGUUCCUAUGUCCCUCACGCCCUGGCUCGUCGAUGCCGCUCGACUCAAGUCGAGAGGCAUGCCUGAUGAUUCGUUCUCGCUGGUCCUGGACUGCGAUGGCGCUCCCGAACACUCCGCAAGUCUCAUCCGCGACACCAUCCAUCGAUAUGUGGCAUGGCAGGCAACAUACGACAAAGCCCAUGAGAAUUUCUACAGCAAGGACGAAGCUACAACUAGCGCAUACUACCCUGCCAUGUUUUGUCGAGAACUACCCAAGGUCUGGAAAGAUGCGAUAGAACACCCAGAAAACUCCAUCAUCCGCUUCAAUUUCGACCUGGGCACGAUGGAGCAGCCGGCCGUCCGACCUCUGAACUUCAUACAGCCUUCUUCAAGCGGUGAGGCUCUUGUGGAUGCGACAGAGUGGAUGAGUGAGAUAGACUAUGACAACGAGCUCAUUAAGCCGCCCCCGCAAAUGGGAUCAUGGUAUGAGCUGAGUGAGUAUGAAAACACGCUAAGCAUGCGUUGUCUGGAGAAUCGGCCUUUCCAGGCAUUGGAAUCGCGGUGGUGGCUAGAUGAGCCAGCUGCAUGA